CCCCGUAGUUUAUGCUUCCCUUCUUCUAGCUUUCGUGUGAAGUUCACUUCUAUCUCAUCGUCAAAAAAUGCAUCGCCCAAAAUCCUUCAGAUUGUCUCUCACCAGUUUUGAGAAACUACGACAUCGCAAGAAGACCACGGAGAAAUCGAAUGAAGAAGAGUCAGCUUGCAAUAAACGCUGGUCCGAUCUCUACCAAACCCACGCUACCGCUUGCAAACAGGCCAGCGAACAACCGCCUUCAGAUAAAGAACUAAGUCCACCACCCCUGGUCGAAGUCCAUCGCAUCAGUCUAGUUGUCGACCUCUCAGAUUGCGACCACCUCUCAGAAUGCGACAGAGCUAGUAGCUCCUACUCAUCUCACACCCAGAGACCACCGGCCUCUGAGCCACCAACCUCAUCACCAAUAUGCUGUCAGAUGUAUCUUCUCAGAAACGACAUUUCAAAUUCUGAUGAUCUCUACUUUCUCCCUAGUCCCAUCCAGAUCUGCGACGCAUGCGAUCUGGCGGACAUCAAGGAGAAUCUCAAAUAUGCCGGGAUUCACGAACAUUCGGCCAUUCACAAUUGGCUUUGAAUAAAUACCCUUCAACAACCAAACAUUGAGAUUGGCUUCGAUGUCCCAUCUGAGGCAAGGCAUCAUCAGAGAUUGACGAUGGACCACUAUUCUUGUACAACAAACCUUUUCAGCCUGUAUAUACGUUCUACGGCAUAUAAUGAUUAUGACUGAUGACAAA